CUAACGGUCCGGGUAAUCAGUCAGCCCCGCCUCCGGGCCUCAGCCUCCCGCAUUUCACCUGCCGGGCAGCUACCUUUGCUUGCCUUCCCUGAUGGCCUUGGUUACGGUGCAACGCUCUCCGACCCCGAGCGCCUCCUCCAGUCCCAGUGUCUCGGAGGGUGGAAGUGAUGAUGAUCGUAGAUUACAACAACAGAGUCUCAGUGACAGUUUCUUCACCGUUAAGGGUGCAGCACUUUUUCUACAACAGGGAAGCAGCUCACAGGUCCCACGAUGUUACCAUCACCACAAAUAUGCAGAAGAUCUCCAACUCCAUCUUCAAGUGAUGAUUAACCACCUCCGCCCUGAAGACAGGAUAAAAUUGGCAGUGCGCCUUGAAAGCAUGUCUGCUCAUCGAGUCCGAUACAUGGUAGUUGUGUAUACGAAUGGCAAUCAGGAUACAGAGGAGAAUGUCCUUCUAGGAAUUGACUUUGCAAGCAAAGAAAGUAAUACAUGUACCAUAGGAUUGACCCUUCCUCUCUGGAGUGAUACAAAGAUUCAUUUGGAUGGAGAUGGUGGAUUCAGUGUGAGUACAGUGGAUCGUAUUCAUAUCUUCAAGCCAGUUUCUGUACAAGCCAUGUGGUCAGCACUACAAAUUCUCCACAAAUCCUGUGAGAUAGCACGUAGAUACAAUUACUAUCCAUCAGGAAUUGCUUUGACUUGGACCAGUUACUAUGAGAGUUGCAUUAACUCGGAUCAAAGUUGUAUUAAUGAAUGGAAUGCAAUGCAAGACUUGCAGUCCAUGCGAGCAGACUCACCGCCAAUGUUUGUCGAUAAACCAACAGAGAAUGAACUAACUGAACGAUUAAUAAAAAAUAAACUAAGGUGUAUAAUGAUGAGCAAAGACUUGGAAAAUGUCACAUCUAAAGAUAUUCGAAAUGAGUUGGAACAACAGAUGAACUGCACUUUGAAAGAGUAUAAAGGAUUUAUUGACAAUGAAAUGCUGAUCAUUUUAGGUCAAAUGGAUAAAGCUACACUAAUAUUUGAUCAUCUUUAUCUGGGUUCAGAGUGGAAUGCUUCGAACUUGGAAGAACUUCAAAGCACAGGUGUUGGGUACAUCCUAAAUGUAACCAGAGAAGUAGAUAACUUCUUCCCAGGAUUGUUCUGCUAUCACAAUAUACGGGUGUUUGAUGAGGAUGCUACGGACCUAUUGGCAUAUUGGAAUGAUGCAUAUAACUUCAUAACAAAAGCCAAGAAAGAUCAUUCCAAGUGUCUGGUACAUUGCAAAAUGGGCAUUAGCCGGUCUGCAUCAACAGUCAUCGCAUAUGCAAUGAAAGAAUAUAGAUGGUCACUCGAGGAAGCCUACAAAUAUGUGAAGGAAAAACGGAAUGUUGCACAACCAAAUGCAGGGUUCAUGAGGCAGUUGGCAGAAUAUGAAGGCAUAUUAGAUGCUAGUAAACACCGACAUAAUAUCUUGUGGAGGCGCAACUCUGAGAGUGGCUUACAAGAGACUGUGAGGGAUCCAAUGUUGCAGAGCAGUAAAGCAUCUACUUCGCUUGACUUGAACAGAUGUAAAACAGUAAUUCAGCAUACAUGUGAGGAACAGAAAUAUAAUGAUGCUGAAACAUCUCUGGAUGUAGCAGUGACCAAUAAGGAUGAAAUUGAGCCAGUUAAUUUUAAUUACUACUUCAGGUGUUUGUCAGAGCCUGGUACAGACAGUGUCUACAACAGGCAGCAGAAAGAGCGAGAACAAUUGUCAGUUCAAGUUGACAAUGUAGAAAAGAAUGAAUUUCAGAUUGAUAAUGAAGACUUCAGGUGUACGGAAGAUAGUGCCCAUGAUACUAGGAUGCUUGCAUCAUCUCAGCUUCAGGAUAGUUAUGACAAUAAAAGCAGACUGCUCGGCCAGCAAGGAAAUACACUCAAAAUGUCAACAGCAGUGGAGGAGCCAGAAGAGGAAAAUGAAAACACAAUGAAUUUGGAUAUGCAUGAUCAAGGUGACCACUUCAUGGUAAAUGGACCUAAUACAGAAAAUAAUGUAGAGGCCAUUGCAAAUCUAAAGGGUAUGCUAGAGCCAGAUUCAACAUCAAGUGUUGAAAGUCAACUCAGUAAAGACAACGUGAAUAAUAACAACAACACAACAAGAAAUUAUUUGAAAGAGGAUGAAGAUCUAACUACGACUGAAACUUCUAACAGUAUCAAACCUAUUAAUAAAUUUGCUUUGGACUGCUCAGACUCAGUAAGUAAUCUUAUGUGUGAGCGAUUUAAGGAUCGUUCUAAAAACUUGUAUCAGGUACAAGUAUGUAGUACCUGCAAUAAAGAAAGCCAAGCAACUAAGUCUAGUGAUUUGGGAUAUUUAUCGAGUCGAGCUUCAGAUGUACAAAUGACUGAAGCUUUCUAUUCGGUUCCCAAUAAAACAGAAAUGACAGAAAAACUUGUUAAUAAAAUUGAUGCCAUUUACACAACUGAUACAAUACUUUUGCAUGAAACUGCGGAAACAAGUGUAGGUUUAAGAACAAACUGUGAAGAACAGCAUCGAAAAACCAUGGUGGCUUAUCACAAUUGCAAAAAUGUGACCAGUAAUUUCCAUACUGAAGUAUUGGUUCUUGAUGCAGUGACUUCAUUGUCUGAUACACACCAAGACUUGAAACAAUUGCCAGUAGUAAGCCCAUAUAUGGGCGGCCAUGAAUAUCAAAAAACUUUAAUCAAUUCAAAUACUAGGUUUGUCCCUUCAGGUUCUAAAGCCGAUGAACAAGUGCUACAGCUUCCCGAAUUCAAAAUGCAUCAGUCAGACGAGAAUUUAAGUCAAUUAACACGUGAUGCUGCAACUUUAGGAAAUGAAUGGGAUAAUAUGGCAGAAAUUAUGGAACAGUCUCAUGGUACGCAUUCUCUGCCAUCUAGUAGGCAACCAAUUAAAGAUAAGUUAGUAGUUUUUCCUAGCAGCAGUAAUGAAAAAAUGAGUGCUCAGCCAAAGAAAGAGAUGGAAAAAUCAAAAAUCCAAAGUUACUUAAUGCAGCAUCAAGAAUCUAUCCUUCAGCUACAGAAGGCUGGCUUAGUUAGAAAACACACCAAAGAAUUGGAAAGGCUAAUGUUUUUAACAUCUCCAAAUAGCCAAAUCGAGAGCCAAAACUUUGAAACAAGGAAAAACACAUUUGCAGACAGAGAUUCCUUGGAUUUGACUGUGCAUGAGCCCACGGUAGCCAUUCAGGAUCUUACACUGUCUUACGAAGAUAUGGAGGACAGUGUGUUGUCUGAGCCUAGCUAUUAUGAGUUUAAUUUUAUGAAUGGCUUAUGCCAGAAAACAUCCACACCUUAUAUAAAUAAUAGAAAUGGAUCCGGAUAUCUCACUAAGGAUCGCUUGCAGCAAAUCUGUGCAACACUGAUACCGUCUCCUUUAACUUCAAGCUUGACUCGUAGCUCCAGCAGUGAUAGCCUUCACAGUAUUCAAGGACAACCUGGUUUGGUGGAACUACGGAGACAGGAAAUUGAAGCCAGGAUGCGUCAGGCAGGACUGACCAUCUGUUCAGAAAUGAAGCGAUCUCAUUCUAUUGCCAAACUUGAAAGCCUGACCAUGCCUAAUGAGGAUCUGUCAUCCAAGGAGAAAGAAGCUGAAACUUUUAUAGGUUCAAGUAACAUUAAAUUGGAUGAGAGUUUAUUGUUGCCUAAUAUUGUUGAAAAAAUGAAGUGGAAAAACAGUCGUUGUGAGGAAAUAGGUACGCAACCAGAACAAACUUCAAUCAUGGAGCCACUAAAAUCAAUUGAGACUUCCAGUUCUAUAUUGGAACAUAAAACUCUGCCUUAUAUUCAGCGCACUGAUCAAGUUGAACACUCCUGCCAAAUGUUUUCUCCUACAAAAUACAGUAUGAGCGAUCCAGAGGUUACACAGCAAUUUGAAGACUUUACUUCUGUUCCUUCAUCUGGACUAAGCCAAUUCCAUAUUCAGAGUGCCAAUGAACUUUGUCCUUUGGCUUCUAAGGAACAGAAUGUAUGAAUUCAUCCUAUCUGGAAGCCCUGAAAGGCAUGUGAGAGAAAAAGAACUAACAACUUACUCUAUAACACCACGUGAUGACUUGGCAAAAAGAAUACAUUCCAAUCUUCCUUUUAAACACAAGAACUUUAAACCAAAAAUUCUCAUCUGUUAUCUGAUCUCUAACAGCUCAGAAAAUUAUUCAAAA